AUGUCCAAAGGUGCCCCAUACUUGAGGUCCAUGCAGGACCUGGGACUGGAAGGAACAUUCCUCAAUGAAGUGCUCUACAAAAAUGCAACUUUCCUUAACUUGGUGGAUCCCAUCUCCCACGACUUGUUGAUGAGCCUCGCUAGAGAUCUGCAGUGUCCCAAAAAGGAAUAUGACCCCUGGAAAUCCUCAGACAGGAUCUGCAGGCAGCUGAUUUACCACCUAACCCCCCACUCGAAAUGGCACCGGCACGGCAUGUCCCGGAGGAAGUCCCAAGUGUGCCUGAAGACCAGCCUACAGAAGAAAGCAAGCCAGGACUCCAUGGAUUUGUCAGGGAUCCCCCUGACCAUGCGGGAUGUCCACCGCAUGGCCUACUACCUGCAGAACAACAAGGACCACCUCACCUCUGUGGACCUGAGCUUCACCGAGCUGAAUGAUGAUAUGGUGCGCCUGCUGCUGCCCUUCCUCUGGGCACUACCCAAGCUCACUCAUCUUUCCCUCAAUGGCAACCGACUGACGCGGGCGACCAUGAAGGAGCUGACUGAUACCAUGAAGGACAUGAACAAAUUUCCUUGCCUAGCCUGGGUUGACCUUGGCAACAACGUGGAUGUCUCAUCCAUGCCACAGCCUUUGCUCGUGGGCCUGCGCAAGCGCCUCAGCCAGCAGACCACACUGCCUACCAUCUAUGAGGCGCUUGACUGCGACUCAGAGAUCUCCAGCGGGCAUGAGGGCAGCCAGCCAGAGGAUGAAGCAGCCGGAAGCACCAUGCCACGUGCUUUUUCUCAGCAGGGCUGCGAGAGGUGACUGGACAACAGGCCAGCACUGGCACACUGAAGCUGCCCCAAGAAGUCUUGAGUACAAACAUCAAGCAGAGGGCCAGCUUUACCAGCUUCCUUUGGCUCUUUCCUCUCGCCUUCCCUAACAUGUCCCC